AUGAACGAUAGGGCGCCACCAAAUGUAUGGAUGAAUCCAUCGUUGCCAGACUGUGUGCAUUGUAAUCAAGAAAAUUGUGUGAAACCAACCAUCGCUAAGAAGAAAAAGAAUAUCAAUUGGUUGUUUCUGUUGCUAGGUCAAUUGUUUGGCUGUUGCAACCUUGUCCAGUUGAAAUAUUGUUGCAAACACACAAACAAUCAUCGAACCGGCGUAAAGGAUAAAGUUCUUUAUUUAACCUAUCUUGCACUCUGCAAGCAACUUGAUUCUACUGGACCUUUUAAUCUUUAA